AUGGCUCAAGCUUACAAAAACAAGUCAGCUGUUACCAUCCCCUUUUGGUCGUCGAUCUGUCGAUCGUUAGGCGUAAAUCCUAAGGAACAAUUGGACUCUGGGUUUCCAGCAGUUUAUGGCAACUGCGUCACAAAGAAUGUAUCAAAUGACAAAAUACCAAGAAAGUUCCGGACACGGUAUCGUGGUCGAUUGUUGAUUAUGGAGGCUGAAGAUUGGAAAUCCAAAGCGGUUGUGAGCGGGAUGAUGUUUAUUUUUGACACUUCGAAGCGCGACAGCAACCAUGUCUGUGCAGUGUGGACGCCUUUGCCCUAA